UAAAACCACUUCCAACUUUAAUCCCCAUUCUAUAACUCCCUUUUCAUAUUCAACUCCUUCACAGUUAGAUAUUCCAAGAAUUCCCAUCCGUUUUGCUUUACAUUCUUUACUUUAGACUUUAGUUAAAUAAAGCCAAAAUCUUGUUCAUCAUCCUAAUAUACUUUCUUGAAAAACCAGAGCACAAAAAAGCAAAAAAAGGGGUUGAAGAAAUUAGGAACAAGAACAAGAAAAGUAUCGAUUUUUGUUGUUGUUGUUGUUGUUGUUUGUUGUUGUUGUUGUAAAGAUGGUGAUAAGGAAAGUAGGGAAAUAUGAAGUUGGAAGGACAAUUGGUGAAGGAACAUUUGCUAAGGUUAAAUUUGCUCAAAAUACUGAGACAGGUGAAAGUGUUGCUAUGAAAGUACUUGAUCGAAGUACUAUCAUUAAACACAAGAUGGUUGACCAGAUAAAGCGGGAGAUAUCCAUAAUGAAGCUUGUUAGACAUCCAUAUGUAGUUCGAUUACACGAGGUUAUAGCAACUCGGACAAAGAUCUAUAUUAUCUUGGAAUUUAUUACAGGCGGUGAACUCUUUGAUAAAAUUGUCCACCAUGGACGAUUAAGUGAAGCUGAGUCUCGUAGAUACUUUCAACAAUUGAUUGAUGGAGUUGAUUAUUGUCACAUCAAGGGAGUCUAUCAUAGAGAUCUAAAGCCUGAAAAUCUUCUGCUAGAUUCCCAAGGAAAUCUGAAAAUAUCAGAUUUUGGACUUAGUGCAUCGCCUGGCGAAGGAGUCAAUAUUCUUAAGACAACAUGUGGAACCCCCAAUUAUGUUGCACCAGAGGUUCUUAGUCACAAAGGUUAUGACGGUGCUGUGGCAGAUAUCUGGUCCUGUGGUGUUAUCCUUUAUGUUCUGAUGGCAGGUUAUCUCCCCUUUGAUGAGGUUGAUCUCACUACACUGUACGCAAAGAUUGAGAAAGCCGAAUUCUCCUGCCCGUCUUGGUUUCCUGUCGGAGCAAAAUCUCUGAUACAUCGAAUUUUAGACCCAAAUCCUCAAACACGUAUUCGGAUUGAAGAGGUUCGUAAUGAUGAGUGGUUUAGAAAAAAUUAUAUUCCUGUAAAAGCUAUGGAGUAUGAAGAUGUCAAUUUAGAUGAUAUUAAUGCAGCUUUUGAUGAUACUGAGGAGGAAGCAACCAAGGAGCAAUGUGACAAUGCGGAUGGUGGGCCGCUGGCUCUAAAUGCCUUUGACCUUAUUAUUCUCUCUCAAGGAUUGAACUUAUCCGUAUUGUUUGACCGCGGGCAGGAUUCAAUGAGGCAUCAUCAAACACGCUUUCUUACGCAGAAACCAGCAAAAGUUGUUUUAUCAAGUAUGGAAGUUGUGGCCCAGUCCAUGGGUUUCAAGACCCAUAUCCGCAAUUUUAAGAUGAGGGUAGAAGGUCUCUCCGCGAACAAGACUUCACAUUUCUCUGUAAUUCUGGAGGUUUUUGAAGUUGCUCCUACAUUUUUCAUGGUAGACGUUCAGAAAGCAGCCGGUGAUGCUAGUGAAUUCCUCAAGUUUUACAAGAACUUUUAUGGCAAUCUUGAGGAUAUAAUCUGGAGGCCACCAGAUGAAUCAUGCAACAAAUCAAGUGUUACAAAAACAAGGAGUAGAAAGAGAUGAUAUUUUAGCGUUAAGGAAUCUGUCUGUACUUUGUGUUUGUAUAUUUACAGUUUCUUGAACCCAAUAGGCUGUCAGUACCCUCUUUUAUAGUCGAGCCAAGUGAGGGCUAAAGCUUCCACGCUUUCCCCAGGUUUUGUAUCAAUUAUGUGACAAUUUAUCAUCUUAGAGCAGAGAGUAAACAUAACAAAUACUACAUACGUUUAGAGAAGAGUUUGUCAAGUUGAUAGUAAUAUUUUACCAGCUUCUGUGAACAA